AUGGAGAUGAGUGGUCCUACUAGUACAGGCUACUGUAGGAGAGCUAUUAAUAUUAACCUGAACCUAAACUCAGGAAUAUGGGAGACAAGACAUAAUCACUGCAAAGAGCCUUCGUUUGGAACCAAUCUUUGCGACUUCAACUCAUUUUUUGUCUUGUGCAGCAAACAAUGCAGGGUAGAUUGCAUACUCUGUAAUGCUACUGUGGUGGUUUCGCCAUAUGCUGGUGCUGUAUUUUAUUAUUUAAUAUAUGUACUGUACUUAAUUUGUCUUACGAGGCCAGAGUUGAUACAUUGCCUUGUCCACUACCUACAUUGGGCUGUAGAAAUACACGUGGAAACUAAUGGUUUACAAGGUCUGGAUCUUAAAGGAGGCACUAAAACAGCUCUAGUACAUUCCUCUACCUUGGCUCAGCGAGGAUAUCAGGCACAUAAUAUUCUGUCCUCUGUAGUCUCUUUACAUGGUUUGCAGGCCAACUUAAUAAUUUCACUAAGCCCUAUGACCCCUUUGCCCUCUGUGGCGGCUCUUGCUGAUUAG